AUGGUUUCCACUUAUAGGAAUCUGGAAGAAAAGCCCAAGAAUUUAGCAUUAGAUUGGGUCCAAAUUCUAGCUUUGUCACUGACUCCUAAUAACCACCGAGAUUCCAGGAUGACCAUCUUUGAGCAGGAAAACUUUCUGGGCAGGAAGGGAGAACUGAGUGACGACUACCCCUCUCUGCAAGCCAUGGGCUGGGAGAACAACGAGGUGGGCUCCUUCCGAGUCCAUUGUGGAGCCUGGGUUUGCUCCCAGUAUCCAGGCUACCGAGGCUACCAGUAUGUUCUGGAAUGCGAUCAUCACUCAGGAGACUAUAAACACUUUCGGGAAUGGGGCUCCCAUGCUCAAACCUUCCAGAUUCAGUCCAUCCGCAGAAUCCAGCAGUGA